AUUAUGGUAAAGGCUCAACAAUGGAUAAAUGAAAAAUUUCCUUCUCGGGAAGAUAAAGAUAAAGUAAAGAAGCUAUGUAUUCAUUUGGGAGAAGGAACCAACAAAAUUAAUCAGUCAAACUACGAAUUUUUUAAUACUACAUUAGAAGGCGAAUUAGACCUUAACGGAUUUACAAAUUUGGAAGAUUUGGCCAUCUGGGGCUUUUGGACUGAUGAAUUACAUCCAAUUACCAACUUAAAGAUUAACCGAUGUUCCAAAUUGCAAAGCUUAAAGAUUGAUUGUACAAGUAUCGAUAAAUUAAGUUUAAAUACUAAUCAGAAGAUUACAACGCUUAUAAUUCAAGGAUGUAUUAAUUUGCAAAGAAUAGAAGGACUUGAACAAUUAUCAAAUUUACAAAAUUUAGAUAUUUGGCCUCAAAAUUCUAAUAUUCUAAAUACUAAACUUCAAAUCCCUUUUAGUCAAAGUAACUGGAAACUAGAAUUAGGAAGAAUAAAAGAAAUCCAAAUCCUCAAGGAAAAAGUCAACAAUAAUGAGCAACAAUUGAAAGAAUUAGCCGAUAUGAUUUUACCCAACAUUACUUUUGAUCUUAAUAAACUAAAACAAGAAAUAGCAAGGUUAAGAUUAAAUGAAUUAGUCCCACAAGCACGAAAGAAAAAAUCCGAACUAGAACAACAAAUAAAUGAUGCUAAGAACAAAGUAGAAGGUAGUUUUAAAAAUAUAAUCGGCUUGCUUUUAGAAACUCAAAAAAAAAUCCUUGGAGAAAAUGAUCCUCCAGUUCAAGCUCAAUUGACAGGACAAGUAAAUGCUUAUCUAAGUGUUUUGGAAGGAAAUUUAUCCAAACAAGAAUUACAAGCGCUUUUAGAUGAGAAAACUAAACUUAUACAAUUGGAAAAGCAAAUAGAUGAACUUCGACGAACAACAAACCAAAAAUCAGCAAAGUGAAUGUCCACUCAAUAUUUGAAUAAUUCUAUUAACUUUAAUAAAUAAUUAAAUUACUAUUGAACACGUAUAAUUAUCUUUUUAAACUCCGGUUAUCAAAUGUUUUUUAUUGUUAUCUAGAUAAAUUUCUUAAUCACGUGAAUAUUAACCAAUCAAAUAUAUCAAUCAAAU